CCUUAGUUUUCAACAAAUGAGUUUAUAACAAGCAAAUGAGGGUUGAACAGCCCAAUCCCCAUUCUGCCCAUCUUCUACCUUCAGUUACCCUGUUAACUCUUUUCAUACGCACAGAGAGAAGAAAUCUUCACCUUGAAUUUGCGCCCAUGGAUUCUGUUCCUCAAUGGAUGUCAAAGAAACUAGAUGGGCUGCUGUUGCUAGUGGCUAUGGAUUGGCUAAUCCAUUCUCAAGUACAAGCCCAGCAAACUUAUGUGAACAAUAAACAGCUCGACUGUUACAACACCAACUUCAAUUACACCACCAAAGGAUAUGAAUGCAAUGGCCUUCAAUCAUCAUGCCAAUCCUUUCUCACCUUCCGGUCUGAUCCUACCUACAACACCCCAGUCGCCAUCGCCUACCUUCUGACAGCCUCAGCCACUCGCAUAGCCUCCAUCAACAACAUCUCCUCCGAUGUCGCCUCUAUCCCUACUGACACCCAGGUGAUUAUCCCCGUCAAUUGUUCCUGUUUCUCUCGCCAGUAUUACCAGCACAACGCAACCUACAAUCUCAAGCUCCCAUCCGAAACAUACUUCUCCGUCGCCAACAACACUUACCAGGGCCUCUCCACUUGUCAAGCGAUGAUGGAUCAAAACCCUUAUGGGGAUAGAAAUCUGUUGGUGAAUAUGAGUCUGGAAGUUCCCCUCAGGUGUGCUUGCCCCACUUCCAAUCAGACCGCUUUGGGGUUCAAGUACUUGCUCACCUACAUGGUUACCUGGGGCGAUUCCAUUUCUUCCAUCGCCCAAUUAUUCAGCGUCGACCAACAGAGCGUGUUGGAUGCAAAUAAACUGACCUCCUCCAGCAUCAUCUUCCCGUUCACUCCAAUUCUGGUUCCUUUGACUAGGGAGCCCACGAAGAUCAAUCGGGCAGUGGUACCUCCGCCUGCAUCACCUUCUCCGCAAACUCCCAUCUUCCCUGGUGGGGGAUCCAACUCUUCCAGUAACCGAAAAUGGGUAUAUGUGGGUGUUGGGUCAGGAGUUGCUAUGCUUAUUGUUUUAGCCGUGUUUGCAUUCCUGUUCUGGAACCGCAAGUCCAAGUCUCAUGAGGCCAAGCCUGUCUCCACCUCAGAACCCAAGGCGUUACAAUCGGAGUCGGCUGAUUACUCCGCUGUUCCAGUCCAAGAUAGCCAAUCUGGGUCUCUCUCAUCCCUUGGAAUCAGAUAUGCGAUUGAGUCUUUGACUCUCUACAAAUUCGAGGACUUGGAAAUGGCCACCGGUUAUUUCGGUGAAAAUAGUAGAAUUAAAGGAUUGGUUUAUAAGGGAUCAUUUAAGGGUGAUGCCGCCGCCGUCAAGGUCAUGAAAGGAGAUGUCUCGAGGGAGAUCAACAUUCUAAAGAAGAUCAAUCAUUUCAACAUCAUCAGGCUCUCUGGCUUCUGCUUACACGAGGGAAACACCUUUCUAGUUUACGAGUUCGCCGAGAAUGGUGCUCUCUGCGAUUGGCUUCACUCUGACGACAGCUUGUACCGGAUUCCUACUCUUACAUGGAAGCAGAGAGUUCAGAUUGCCUACGAUGUGGCUGAUGCCCUUAAUUACCUCCACAAUUACACUAACCCCCCUUUUAUCCACAAGAACUUGAAGACCAGUAACAUUUUCCUGGAUGCCGGAUUUAGAGCCAAGAUUGGUAACUUCGGCUUGGCAAGAACGUUGGAAAAUGAAGACGAAGGCGGACUGCAACUCACAAGACAUGUUGUGGGAACUCAAGGCUAUAUGGCCCCUGAGUACGUCGAGAAUGGUCUCAUUACCCCCAAGUUAGAUGUCUUCGCAUUUGGGGUUGUGAUUUUGGAGCUCUUGUCUGGAAAGGAAGCUGCUGCUGGUGACAAGGAAAUGCUCUCAGCAUCAAUAAGCUUGGUACUGGAGGGGGACAAUGUAAGAGAGAAAUUCCUUGACUUCAUCGAUCCUUCUCUGGGAAACGAGUACCCAUUGGACGUAGCCUUCUCCCUAGCUAACCUGGCUAAAAACUGCGUCACUCGUGAUAUCAAUGCUCGUCCCUCCAUUCCUCAAGUUAUCAUGACUUUAUCCAAGAUUCUCUCAUCUUCGCUGGAUUGGGAACCUUCUCUCGAACUUCAAAGCUCAAGGUCUAUGAGCAGUGGCAGGUAAACAUUGCUGAAGAUUGUGAGGUACUUGCACCAUCCACCUUGCACAGUAGAUUGAUACAUCGCCAUGAAUAAUCUGUACUAUAAGCCGAGUGUUCCAGGAUAAUAUGGGUCCAGAUGUAUUCACUUUCAAACACAAUAGCAAUUUAAUUACAAUUUCUAAACUCAUCCAAAAAAUGUCUAUUAAGGAUCUGAAUAAUGGAAAUUUUUAUAGCAGCGUCUA